GCAGGGUGUUGCUUGGCAUAUUUUAUGAGCAUGACGAGCAAGGAGAACGUCAGCUGUUCGUAGAUCAGGGAGAGGCUGUUCUUGAGGUUGUUGUACUAUAUCUCGUGAGUCACUGUGAUCAUACAUGGUGCUCUAUCUUGAACGUUGUUCCUCUAGCACCACUCAGUCGUAUCUAAUUGCCACGUCUCGUAGCACUCGUUGCGAUUCACCCGUUGCAUCGUUGUGAGUGGACGCCGCAGGCUAACGCGAGACGGCGAGCGGGUGGAAAGAAUGCUCCUGUUAAGGCUUGUUCCCUACAGUAAUUUAUCUUGAGAACAAGCAUUUUUGGCCAUUUCUUGGCUCGAAACCAUUUUUCGACCAUUUCUAUUUCACUUUUUCAAGUAGAAAAGCAUGUUUUCAAGGGGAAAGAAAGUGGUCAAAGAUGUGCUUGUUCAAGAUGAAUUUGGAGUAAUAUCACCUUGUGAGUAUCUUUCUCCUAAUCUACUUGUGAGCACUAUAGUGCCUCCAAGAUGAAUUUGGGUAAUGAAUUUGAGUAAGCGUAGGCUCUAAUCCCAUGAGUAUGGCCUACUAUCCGCCUAGGGAUGUGUUGGAUGAUUUUAUCAUGCAAAUGUCAACGAGACGUGAGACACAAAAGGCCGCAACAGCAGAAGCGAACAAGAAUAAACCACCUGUGAAAACAAAGCCAGAUGGUAUAUUUGGUUGUUGUUGUUCUAGUUUUUACUACUUACUCAGUAAUGAUCGAUGUUCUGUUAGGUCGUAAUGAUUGUUCGUGCCUUUUUAGGAACUGUUCGGAUACUUCUUGUACUAGAGAUUCAAUGAAGUCCGAUGGCGAUGGUCGUUUGGUUGAGACACGUUUCUUUGUAGAGAUAUUUAUCGGAUUUGUUUUGAGACCAUUAUGUGAAAAAGAGCUAGAAUAUGACCAUCAACAUCACCAUCAACAUCACAAUCCUUACCCUACUCCAACAAACAUCACCAACAUCACACUUCUUACCCUACUCCAGUCCUACCUCACAACCAGAUAUCUACGGUUCCAACCUGGACAUGAUGCUCUCUCUCGUCCGCUCUUCGUUACUGCAACAAGAGGAGGUUUUCGGAGUGUUUCACUUUGACGUGGUCGAAAAGCUGUUUGGCAUCUUACAGUGGUGGUGUGACAAUAGUACGAUGAGGUAUAGUUAAGGCUUGUCAGAAUUAUACCAGAAUAUUCAAUUUAUUCAACCCACGGGGAGCGCAUCACUUCUAGUACAAUCGAUCCUAGGGGACCACUACAUUCAAUUUUUUCAAGUUCGAGGCUAUAUUCACCUUCCAUCCGUCAAGAUAAGAUAUCUCUAUAAUGCUACUGCAUUCAAGAAUAAAUUGAGUGUUGUACGACGCUCAUCUAAAGUAUCGAAG